CAGUGACAAAAAGGAUAAAGAUAGCUCAUCGUCUCUACCAUGCUGCUCGCCGGCGCAGCCGCUCUCCGGCCACCGUCCACUCCCGGAGCUCGUCUUCUCUUCUUAUACUCCCCUUCAUCCCUCUCCUCCACAUCGUUCACUGUCUCCGUCGAUGCCAGCCACUCCAAUCGUGGCCUCUCCGUCUCGAUUCCUAUGGCUCGGGUGAACGGAAUGGUCACCGGAGUCGCCGUUGAUCCCGAAGAUGAUGAGUGGCUGCAGAACAAGCCGGCCGGGUUCGGGGAGGGAAAGAAGUAUGAGACAACGGUGGAAGAUGAGCUUAUGGAGGAGAUGGAGAGGAGUAGGAAAGCUCUGCUCGCUAGCAUCAGCAAGAAGAAGAAGAAUGCGAUGAAGAGAUCUGAGAGAAUCAAUGAGCAGGAUUCCCAAAUUUCUAACAAAGCGACCGAUGUCAUCCCAAGUGGCAUUCGUGUCCGUGUAUGGAACCUUCCACGAAAGAAGAACAUCCAUAGGGAUCUGCAGUUAGCAUUCAAAGGGUUCCAAGGUAUAUUGCAUGUAAGCCCAGCAGUAAUUGCGAAUCAGAAAACUAGGGAUCCUGUCUGCAAGGGCUUUGCUUUCCUUGUUCUUGAGUCUGAGCAUGCAGCCAAGAGAUUUGUACAGACAUACACUAAGCAAAAUGUGACUUUUGGUAAGGUACAGAAGCAAAUUAUGUGUGAUAUAGUGAACACGCGUAUCUCCGCCGACUCCUCUGAUGAGCAAUUCAGUGAUGAUACUUCAAGCUUCUCUCAGCCCAUGUACGACAACUUCAGAGAUGUGACCACUUCUAGAUCUCAUUCACACCAAUUUCCUCUGGACCACAUAGACAACUCCCCAGAGGAAUCUUCGAGUGGAGGAUUAGACGGUAUGACUGAACAAGAAUACACAUGGGCCAUGAAGGACAAAGAUCAAAUUACGUCGCAUUCAGAAGAGACUGACCGGGGCCUCGAAGAUUCGAAUGAUUCUGUUAUGAACAAUCAUGAUCGGAAACAAACAACUUUGAAAAAGAAAAAGAUCAAAGUGAAAUCAAAGAACACAUCAAAAUUGAGCAUGCCUGGCUUAACUUCUCGGUUAAAAAUCAGGGAAAGAACUGCUUUAAACGGCGCUUUCUCCAAGUAUGGAGCAAAGAUUGAUACGGAUAUCCCAAUCGAGAAAUGAUCACAACUCCAUUGUAGAUACCAAUGAGAACCAUCAUUUGUUCGUCUAAAGGUAACCUAUGCAGAGUUGUGAUCAGCUUCGGCCUCGAAUUGUUGUUCAAUGUAUUUCAUUGCAAAUGAUGCCAUGGUUUUAUCAACUUUGAAGUCUGAUCUUUGAUUCUUCAGCUAAAGACUGUUCAGCACUGAAACUCUUCAGGAUGAGAUGGUCCAUUUUUUUGUCUUUCUGUUUUUGAUGAAACAUUGUAGUUAAUGUAACGAUCAGAAUUGAAGUAGAUGCAAAUCACAAAUAUAGUUUUUUUUUUCUAGUGGCAAUUACUUUUUUGAA